UCCCCUGCCAGAAAGGCCAGACCCGCUGAUGUGGCGAUCCUGUGGCCAGCAGCCUAUUAAGGCCAGAAACAAGUGUGACAAAUGCACAAAGAGCUGGAGGGGCUGGACCUGGGUCCGCCAGGCCCCAGGAUUCUGUCCACUGCACCCGAGCAUCAGGCAGCGGCAGAUCUGGAGUUGUGUGCUGGCCCCAUUCCUUCCACCAGACAAGAAAGGGGAUGGAUCUCGGCACCCAGGGCCCUUGGCACCCUGCAGCCUGCAGGAGAGACGCUCAGUGACGCUGCUGAACGGCAAGGCCACCAUCAAAGUUCCUGAGGUAGCUACGUUGGGAGAGGGGGUUCAGCGCCCUGGGGCCCCUCCUUCCCCGCUUCCUGCACAUAGGGUCGGCCGUCCAGAGUGGGGGCGUCGGCUGGCGCUACCUGUGUCCCCCUCCCGGCACACAGUGGGCACUCUGCUCCACCAACUGAGGUUAAGCCACUGCCCCAGGCUCGAAGUGCUGCCUCUCCUGGGCCGGGCGCAACGGGCGCCCGUUGAAGAGGAAGUUCGGUACCAAGGAUGGGGAGUCAGCUGGGCCUGGAGGCGAGCUGAGAGCCAGACCACAGGCGUGGCCAGGGGAGGAGGCUGCAGGGACCUGGAGGUCACCGUAGGCUGCCCCUGCGGCAGCAGUGAGGCCGUGCGCCCUGCAGGGGAGUCAGGAGACCAGAGGCUCGCCUUGUCCCAGCCGUAG